ACAACACAAAAUGUUGACAUUUACUGUCAUUUUGUUUGUGUUUUUAAAAAUUUCGCGUCCGCUUACCCAAAAUUAUUGAAUUUGAAAUCUUUUUUGUGACGGUAGACCCAACACCGUACGACAUUUCCCGAAACGAAUACAAUAGCAGUGGAAUACACAAUGGGUGGCUGCCGCUGCACCUUUCGAAACUGUGACAACAGUACGCAGAACAAUCCGUCAAUGCACUUCUUUCACUUUCCAUUUCGCGAUAUACAGCGAUGUGAAAAAUGGGCCGAAUAUUCCAAUAAUUUGGCAUUUCUUCAAUUGCCAAUCAGUCAGCUUCGUAACAAAGUUGUGUGCGAAACUCACUUCAAAGAGCCGUGCUUCAUGAACAUCAAACACGAACGUCUCACUAAAUUUGCCAUUCCAACAUUGCUCCGAGCAAAGAGUGGCGAAAUAGUUGAUCUGCAAAUCGAUCAAUCAAACCCAACCAUUUACGAUGUUCAAAAGGUCAAAACAAGCAAGCAUUACGAACCACCAACAUACAAUUCAACAGUCAAACUGCUGAACAAUAGAGCGAGCAAAGUUCAAUCAGCGAGUGCCCUGCGGGAAGAACCAACCGCUUCCGAUAACUUCGUUGAGGCAGCAACGUUUGAGUUUGCGGAUCAAUGUCAAGAGGAAGACCUGAACGAGUCGGUCGAAAUCAGCGAGCAAACGAUCAUCGAAAGUGAAGCCGAUGAGCCUACACUUUUGAACGGAAUAACGCUGACGAAAGUCGACAUUAAUCGUUUCGAUCCGGAUUGUGAAAGUGAUGCAGCACCAACGUAUACGAAAUUAAAAAGGAAAAUUCAGCCAGCAGUGAAAAGCAAAAUUCAAAAUGAUCGUGCAAUCAGCAAAGAUAUUGCAGUUAAAGUAGACUAUGAUGAGCCUGAAAUUGAAUAUUUGGAAUUCGCACCAAAACGUCCAAAACUCUUUGAAACAGACAAUUUGGUGGAUAAGUCAAUUUUCUCGGACACAAUGGAAAAGCAAAAGAAGGAAAUUGCCGACCUCAAGAAAAUCAUCUCCGAUAAAUUGGACAAACUGGAGGACUCAGUGGCUUCAAAGCAAUCAGCAUUGUUACUGCAACAAACACCGCUCACACAAAACGCAAACGACAAACCAUCCCGGAAUACAAUCGAAGCUGGACCAACGAAAACGAAAAUUCAACUCUUCAAUGGAAUCAAAAAGUAUCUAAACCCAUCGAUGGUCGCUCUGCUGAGAAUGGAAAUGUUCGGAGAUACGGAUCGUCAAUAUAAAUCGGAUGAGAAGUCGCUGGCCGUGGAAUUGCUUAACGUUCAGAGCAACAUUUACGAAUACAUGCGAUCGGAGCUACGAUUCCGUUUGCCACCGAAGAAGGACGCGGAAAGCUGGGCGAAAGAGAUGAGUGAAAAUGGUAGGGAAAUCGAUUGGGAGGAUGAAUUUUAGAUUGUGGUGUGUCGUCGUAUGGUUGACGGGUCUGUUCACGGAUCAAUUUCAAAUAAAAAUUUGUAAA